UCACGUCAGGUGACCCCACUUCCUCGUUUCUUCUGUGAAUCAACAAUCUGCAGCCGUGGAGCGAAAGCGAAAGCGAGCUGGAGGAGGCAUUUAAAUACAAUCCGAUCCCAGACACGACAGAGACCGCGGGAUACAUCCCCAGAGUUACCCCCCCGCCCCCCCUCUAUAUAUUUAUACUGUGGAUUUAUUCGGAGAUUUUGGGGGCGCGCUUGUUCUCGAGGCUCUGCUGCAGAGGCGAGCUAGCUCGAGACAGGAGCUCGAUCGCGUUUCCAGGGCAACGUCACAUCUGGGCUGGAUUUUAUAAUAUAACUCUUAAUAUAUAUUAUAUUAUAUAGUAUAUAUGUGUAUAUAAUUGCAGCUAAUUAUUGAGCUCAGUUAGUGAAUAAUUAAAGGAGGCGCGUUAUUGCUGUUCACGAUCUCUCUCGCCCGCUUUGUUUUUUGGGGAAGUCUUUUUUUAUCAGCAAAAGCAGGAUACACGGAAUAAUCUCCCAGAGCUGAGUCCCACACCCGGCGGGGAGGAUGUCUCAGUAUACGCGGUUUCCGGAUCCGACAGAGACCGCCAAUCCUUUUCAGGACCCUGCUGUGACACAGCACCACACCCCCAGCACAGGCUAUGCCACCCUCGAUCUCUACAACCCUUUUGACAGCAGCCGCGGGCCACCCCCUCCCUAUGAGCCAGCGAACCAGACGCCGGUCGGGGGGGUGGUCGUCGCCCCGGGGGGUCGGGUUCCCAGCAGCCUGGGCCCGUCCCAUCCCAUGACCCCCAGAGGUCGGGUCUCCCCCACGGCUCGUCCACACAGUGUGAGCUCCUGCACAGCGAGGGUCUGUCUGUCCUGUCGAGGACGUGUCGGCUCCCCAUGCACUCGAGGGGGCAACCACAGCUUCCGUCUGACUGUCACAGUCAGGUCCUGUCACCUCCUCGAGGCCCGUAGGAGUCUCAUUAUUAAACUCCUAGUGAAAGCAGGACUGGAUCACACUGCUGUGCAGCAGGAGUCUCAUUCCCCCCCUCCUCUCAUGAAGCCACAGACCCGCAAUGCCACUGCAGCGGCCACGGCAGAGCUGCUCCGGAGACAGGAAGAGCUGGAGAAGAAAGCAGCGGAUUUGGAGAGGAGAGAGAGGGAGCUGCAGAGCGCAGGGCUGGGCAACGAGGCCACGAGGCAGAAUAACUGGCCCCCCUUCCCCAGCUUCUGCCCCAUCCAGCCCUGCUUCUACCAGGACAUCAGCGUGGAGAUCGGACAGGACUUCCAGAGGACUGUCUCCACCAUGUACUACUUCUGGAUGUUCUCUGGCUGCACCUUGAUCUUCAACUUCAUUGCAAACCUGGCCCUCUUCUGUGUGGACACCAGUGCUGGAGUGGGCCUGGGGCUGGCCAUUCUCUGGAUCCUCAUCUUCACCCCCUGCUCCUUCCUCUGCUGGUACAGGCCCAUGUACAAAGCCUUCAGGAGUGACAGCUCCUUCAAUUUCUUCUUCUUCUUCUUCGUCUUCUUCGUUCAAGUCACGGACAUACAGUACUUUCUCAGCGCCGGUCUUUGCUCUCCUUCCUGUUUCAGUGGCUGGAUCGUUAGCCUCGCUGCCCUGAAGGUAAACGUGGCUGUGGCUGUGAUAAUGCUGCUCACUGCGGUCAUGUUCACUGGCACUGCUGUCGUGGGUGUGAUCAUGCUGAAGAAAAUCCACUCUCUGUACCGCCGCACCGGUGCCAGUUUCCAGAAGGCUCAGGCGGAGUUCACCACGGGGGUCCUGUCCAACGAAGCGGUGCGGACCGCCGCAGCCAGCGCAGCGACCGGGAUAGAGAAGAAAGGACAUUAG